AGGGUGGCAAAAGUCAAGAGCGAACUAAAUACUAAGAUCAAGAACGAAGACGAAGUCAAGGUAAAGUCAGAGCCGAUUGCCAAAUUGAAAAUUGCUACGGUCGAUGGUAAGAAACAAAUCAAAGACAAAGUUAAGCAAGAAAGCGUCGAAAAAAAAGAACAAGACAAAGUCGAAGCGAAUAAAAAAAACGGAAAAGGCGAAGGGUGAGACAGUGAAAGAGAAAUCCAAAUCUGAUGAUAAGGAACGGAGAAACAGCAAAGAAACUGCGAAAGAAUCGGGUGAUGUCAAGGAGUCGAAAGAAGCGAAAGAAAAAAGAAAAGAAAGUGGACCAUCGAAAAAGUCAUCAAUAUCAAUCGAGGUCAAAAAAGACACCGAAAAUCUGCCGAAAACCGUCAAAACAUUCAACUCCAAAUUCCGCAGUCACGGACUGGCCGAAGAAGCACCGCCACCGCCAAGCAGACGUGGCUUACAGCGUCCAUCGUCUCAGCCAACCGCUGGUGCAUCAAUACCGGGUACAACGGUAACAAAACGACCAUCACCGCCGCCCGAAAAGAAGGAUGCAGUGGUACCGGAAAAGAAGCUGAAAAUCGACACAUCGUUGGCAGUGGAGAAACCGGGCAUCAAACUGAUACCGGCCAAACCGAAAAGUGAGUAUCUUUCAAACAAUUCAUCUAAUCUUUGGUUCUGUCGACUGAUUUCAGAUGUGAAAUUUGGAAUUGGAGUGCGCUGGCACAUAUUGUGAGUUGUUGUUGCAUUGUUGGAACCAGUCGAUGGUGUUUGUGAGUAUUGAUCGAUAAAUUUACAAAUCAAAAGUUCUUUCACAGCAAACUAAGGAAGAUGAAGAAGAAAAAUAAACGAAAAAUUCUCUGCCUAAAAGCUGCGCCGCAAUUAACAAUUGAGUAAAGGGCAAUCUUUUUCUUGGAUAUUCAGUUCGCGCGAGAAUCGUAUUUACCGCCGAUCAUUCGAAUCGAAUUUAUUUGUCGAACAAAAA